UUUUCUAAAGAGGAGACUGGGAGCGCCGGCUUGCAAACUAAGUCAAUGGAAGAAAAGAAGAUGGCUGCUAAUUCCAGCGCUGUCUCUUCCGAUGGAAUUCUUAUCGGUGAUAAGCUGUACUCGGGCGUGAUGAUUUCGUUGGAAAACUGCCUGAUGGCGGAGGAGAGGUGCGCCUUAACACCGUCCGUCGUGGAUGGUAUAGACGUGAAUACCGAGAUCGACCUUCGCUGUGUGGGCUGCGAGUUGGUCCAGGCAGCCGGCAUUUUGCUGCGACUUCCGCAGGUGGCCAUGGCUACAGGACAGGUGUUGUUUCAACGAUUCUUCUAUACAAAAUCAUUUGUAAAACAUUCAAUGGAGCAUGUUGCAAUGGCAUGUGUCCAUUUGGCAUCCAAAAUUGAGGAGGCUCCAAGACGCAUAAGGGAUGUAAUAAAUGUGUUUCACCGCCUUCGACAACUACGUGAGAAACAAAAAUCAACACCAUUAAUUUUGGACCAGGAGUAUGUUAAUUUAAAGAAUCAAAUAAUAAAAGCAGAGAGGCGAGUCUUAAAGGAACUGGGCUUUUGUGUGCAUGUGAAGCAUCCACAUAAGAUAAUAGUUAUGUAUCUACAAGUGCUAGAGUGUGAGCGUAAUAAGCAUCUGGUCCAGACUUCAUGGAACUACAUGAAUGACAGUUUGCGUACUGAUGUCUUUGUGAGGUUCAAUCCAGAAACCAUUGCAUGUGCUUGCAUUUUCUUGGCUGCUAGAACGCUAGAGAUCCCUCUGCCGAAUCGUCCUCACUGGUUUUAUUUGUUUGGUGCAUCAGAGGAGGAUAUAAAGGAGAUAUGUCUACAAAUUCUAAGACUUUACACCCGAAAAAAGGCUGAUGUUGCUCUCCUUGAAAAUAAAGUGGAGAAAAGAAAACUUUUUAUUGAGGAAGCUAAAGCGAAGGCAAAAGGACUGCUGCCCGAUGGAACGCCCCGUUUAGAAAAUGCUCCAGAAUUUUCACCCAGCUUGAAAAAUGACUCUCCAAAGGAAUUAAAAGCAAAUAAGCCUUCACCUCUCGCUGUUCAUGCACUGAAAAACUGUAAAAGGAAAGUUGAUGGAACAAAACGGCCUACAUCAUCCAGCCCUGUCAAUGGAGUUUCCAAAGGAAGGGAUAGCAGGAGUGGCAGCAGAAGUAGAGAUCAGAGUUACUCACGUUCUCAGUCUAGGUCCCAGUCACCUAAACGAAGGAAAAGCCAGAGUUAUUCUCCAUCCAGUGAUUCAAAGUCUCGCAGUCCUUCAAGAAGCCGAAGUGACUCUCCACCUCAUAAACCAAACCAUGGCUCUUACAAAAGCACAAAAGGCCAUGUGUAUGGGAAUAACAGUGAUUAUAAAUACCAGGGGCACAAGAGAAGGUCCCGUAGCAGGAGUUCCUCACCCUCUCACAGUCGUUCCCGCGAAAGUUCAGAUUCUGGGAAAUACAAGAAAAAGGACCACUACUACAGACGAGAGCGCUCAAGGUCUUAUGACAGAGUUAGCCACAGAGGCUAUGACAGGGAAUAUCAUGGCCACAGUCAUCACAGAAGAUAAAACUCUCACUGGACAUUCAUUCUGUUUUGCUGUGGCAUUUCUUACCUCUGAAUGAAAUAAUGUGCCAAGUGUAUUAACGUAGCUGCAGGAAAAUUGUAUGUAUUUGUCUAAUUUGUUGAAACUACACGGCAAAGAUGACAACCUAUGGUGCUAGUUACUCAAAUAACUCAAGCAGCGGCUUGUACUAAGCCUUUAACCUUUUAUUGGAAAAAUGGCUGACUUGCUGCUGUGCGAUCCUGGAGAUUGUUGUGCAUAUGAACAUUGCCUAUACAGCUUGCCAGUUAUAUUUUUCGAUAUGCAUUCAAGAAAAAAGGGAAAACGGACAUUUAAUGGCAAGUGGGAUAUUUUCCAUGUGUCCUUAUACAUUAGAAAUGUAAAACUUCUUAAUGCAGAGUAUGCCUAUAUUAGGUUAUACCCAAAGAGUGAUCUUGUUUGCCAUGGGAACCUGGCCUUAGAUAAUGGUUUGGUCUGUUAAAUAUCUGCUUGUUACUUAUAAAGGACUUGCCUGAAUAUGUUUCUCCCCCCACUUUGUGGAAAGGUUUUCUGUUAAGUAUUUUUUUUUUUUUAAUUUUAUAUUAAAAGCUGCGUGCAGGCCACGAGCAGUCACAUUUCAUAUUUCAAGGGUUUUAAUGUCCUAAAAAAAUGGAGGUGUACUCAGGAUAUUUGAUAGCUUAAAGAAUGCUUACAGCUGUCAUUCUGCUUGUGUAAUAGCUACAAAAACAAACCACAGCCAUGGUUAUAUCAGUUUUAUUGGUAUCCAAGCUGUAUUUUGCUAUUUCAUUAAACCACAAUUUUCUAUUUUGCUGUUUGUUUCUGCUUUGUUACACCAGUUCACGCAUACUGCUGCAAUGUCCUCAGGAUAUUUCAUCAACCUGUUCAGUAUUAAGGCAGGCUUGCCAAAGUCUGAGACAAUUUGCAAUUGGUCUUCAUUUGUAAUGUGAGGUUUUUGAAUUAUUUUGCUUUCUGUUCAGCAGCUCUCCAGUUUGGAAUUUCAGCAGCUAUCUGGUUGCUAGGCUUCAAUUACCUUAGCAACCAGGGGAGUGGUUUGAAUAUGAGUCUAAUAUAUGAAUAGGAGAGAACCCAACUAGAAAGAUAAGUAAUACAAAGAACCUCUUGAUUAAGUUACCAUUGUAACAAAACCGUUGUCAAGGCUUUGGCAUCAUUUGAAGAUUGGGAGGCCCUCCAUGAAAUAUUGCAGUAAAGCUGCCAAGUUGCACACCAAAGCUGUAUUAGCAGCAUUUAAGACAUAUUACUGGUGCUUCUCAUGGCAUCUGCAGAUAAGUAUUGAGCUCCUUACAACUCAUGUAAUACAGUGCAGGAAGCAUAUAUGUAUGUGAUUUAUAUUUGUUGGACAUAAAUUGGUCCAGGCUGCAAACUGCUUCCAUGUAUGUGUGAUGUUGGCUGGCAGUCACUAAACAGCAUUUUAAUUGGUUAAUAUUUAGUUAAAGAAUAGUUAUAAUUUGGGAUUGUUUUUUAGCAGUCCUAUUUGCCUUUUGUGUUAAUAAAUAUAAUUUUCAUUUUA